GUCAAUCAAAAUGCCGUAGACCAUAACCCUGCCUCCCUUCUCUCUCAAACGCACACGCCCUUUACAUUCUGAUCAUUUUUCUUUCAGAUUUUUAUUUGAAUAAUUUCAAAUUGCAAACGAGAGAGGUUUCCCUGUCAGAGCUGGGUAUUGAAAUUUCGUGAGAUUGACUUAUAGGAAUUUUGUGAAGAAUUCUCUUCGUUAAGGAUGAAUUUCCUUGGAUCCAGCAUCUCCUCCGACGUCGGGCUGCGAUUACUUCUCUGUCCCCUUGGUUCCAAUAUUGUAGUUCGUACAGCAUGCUGCUCUGUGGGGGUUGUCUUACCUGUUUAUUCUACGUUCAAGGCCAUUGAGUCGAAGGAUCAAGAUGACCAACAUAAAUGGCUUGUAUACUGGGCUGCAUAUGGAUCCUUCACGGUUGCUGAGACCUUCACUGAUAAGCUUCUCUAUUGGUGUCCUUUCUACUACCAUUUAAAGUUUGCAUUUCUUGUCUGGCUUCAACUGCCAUCUGUUGAGGGGGCAAGUGUGUUGUAUACGAAUUAUCUGCGGGCUUUCCUCCAGAAACAUCAGGCCAGGCUUGAUCAAAUUGUUAUUUUCUUCCGUAGUGAAAUGGUGAAAUUUGCGAGUAAACAUGAAGCGGAAAUUCAGGUUACGAGGUCAAUCCUCACGAAGAUUUUGUUGUCAGCUAAUCAAAUGGUUAAAGAAAUACUGCACCCUACGCAAAGGCAAAUCGGAGGUCCUACUCCUCGCCAACAUGUGGAGACUCCAGAUUUAGAUUUAGAUUUAGAUUUGGAUUCAGAUUCAGAUUAGGAUUCUGAAGUCGAGGGCUGACAAAUAAGUUGCAGUUCUUAGCAAUUUGUGCCUAUUAACUUCAAUCGCUUUUAGAAGAUGGGUUCCUACUUUGUUUCAGUUUUUAACUUAGUCUCGAGUAUCGAUGUCUAACAUUUAGCUAGUGUUUGUGGAAUUUUUGCUCUACUGAAUCACUCUUCACAUGGUUGUAUAUAUAUAUAUAUAUAUUUCUAUAUCUAUCUUAUCUAUCUAUCAAUGAUGGCACAUUCUUA